GUUUAACAGAUUUAAUGUUAUUUCCAGUGUCACUAAGGAUUGGAUGUCUAUAUUAAUAUCAAAAUGAAACACUUCCUGUCACGUGAAACACUUCCUGUCAAUCCACUUCUGUCAUAUGAAACACUUCCUGUCAUACGAAACACUUCCUGUGACAUGAAACACUUCCUGUCACAUGAAACACUUCCUGUCAUACGAAACAUUUCCUGUCACAUGAAACACUUCCUGUCACAUGAAACACUUCCUGUCACAUGAAACACUUCCUCUCAUAUGAAACACUUCCUGUCAUAUGAAACACUUCCUGUCAUAUGAAACACUUCCUGUCAUAUGAAACACUUCCUGUCACAUGAAACACUUAAUCUGGUUAGAAGUGCCUCAGAGACGAGAAGGUAUUUGUUGUGAAGGUGUUCUUGUGGCGAGUCAUGGUGACGACGCACAGUAAUCAAGAAGAGAAACCACGUACCCACAAAGGCGUACAUUCGCGCUCCCUCGCCCUUGUCAGUAUUGGGUCAUGAGAUAUUUUGACUACUGACCCCGAUGGCUUUGCCUAGUCUAGCAGGUGAAUGUGUUGGUGCCCAAGUGAGAGGAGCUUCACGAUAUAUAUAUAUAAAGUUCUGGAUUUUAUGUUCAGUUAGUGCCUUCCUCAGACCUGCUUCAGCAGUCAUGGUGAGCUCACCACCAGAAAACUGGUUGUUUGAUACAGAGUACUGAAGAUCCUACGUUCAAGAUGUGUGCCUCUAGGGCUGGCUCCGUCGACUAGUCUUGGGUUCGAAGCAGUGAUUUCUAUACGGGUGUCAUCAAUAUUUUUCUGUCCAGCCCUACGAGCUAAAUUGGUUAUUCCGUGCAAGUGCUGUUAUAGUGUUCUGUAAAUGAGCUGAUGCUAAAUACUACAAAAGAAAUUCAUUCCAACCUACAUUACCAAGCUUCCCCCUCUGGCAUACACAGUACCAUAACCACUUCACCAGCAAUGCUGAGUGAGGUCGGUUCCUGCCUCUUGUAUCUGCUGAGUGAGGUCGGUUCCUGCCUCUUGUAUCUGCUGAGUGAGCGUGUGUCGGCGGCGGUGCUGGUGACUCUGGCGGUGGUGGGCGGGGCCCUCGCUGCUCCAGGCUUCAAGAAGGGUGGCGGUGGCGGCGGCUAUGGCGGAAGAAUAAGCUACGUGUACGUGCCCAUCCAUAUUCCCGUCUCGUACGGAGGUGGACAUGGAGGCGGCUACGGAGGCGGAUAUGGAGGCGGCUACGGAGGCGGAUUUGGAGGGGGAUUAGGAGGCUUCGGCGGUGGACAUGGAGGCGGUGGAUAUGGAGGUGGUGGAUUUGGAGGUGGUGGAUUUGGAGGUGGCUUGGGCGGUGGGUAUGGAGGUGGUGGAUUUGGAGGCGGUGGAUUUGGAGGUGGUGGAUUUGGAGGCGGAUAUGGAGGUGGUGGAUUUGGAGGUGGCCUCGGUGGUGGAUAUGGAGGUAAGAAAACAUUUGUUUAUGUCACACGUUAUGCUUAUGUGCGUAAUGUGAGUGACCGGGGUGGGAGAAGUGAACGUUGGGUGUUAGUGAAUGGGUGGAUGUUGGGUGUGAGUGAAUGGGUGGAUGUUGGGUGUGAGUGAAUGGGUGGAUGUUGGGUGUGAGUGAAUGGGUGGAUGUUGGGU